AUGGGGCGCGGGCGCGGCCAAGGGCGGCAUCCUCGGCCUCUAGCGUCUCGAUCUAUAUCAGAAAUCCUUCCUAAACGAUCGAACACCGUCUUUCCUGGGGAUUCUAGAUCUGAGACAGGAAAGGCAGGUACUGAGCAGCAGCCUUGGGAGCCGACCUCCUCAUUGGACUCUACAGCUCAUGUGAUCCAGACUCGAGCAAGCGUUUCUUCGGCAUCUGGAGUGCUUGGCCCAAAGAACUAUGCCUACCAGCGACUCGUACAGGAAACGGACUUUAGACUAGUCAGAGUUCUGCCCCAGAGAACUUCCAAGCUAAAAUGCGAGAUUCUACAUGCAUCUCUUGAGCAUCCACCGGAAUAUGUUGCCAUCUCUUAUGCGUGGGGAGAUGGUGUGGAUACGAAGCGUCUGGUGCUCGGUGGAGUAACCAUUCCAGUCGCCGCUAGCCUUCAUGGCGCUCUAAACGCCGUUCGCGACAAGGACAACGAGAUCCUAGUUUGGGUCGAUGGGUUGUGCAUUGAUCAGCGUAACAAAGAUGAACGGGCAUUACAAGUUCAAUUGAUGGGCUAUAUCUAUAGUCGAGCCAAGUAUGUUGCCAUUUGGCUAGGACCUGACGCCGAUGACAGUCAAUUAGCUACGCAGCUUCUAGUGGAAGUGAACAAGAGGAGGGUGUCUAAGCAACGAAUCAGAGCUGUUGAGAACCCAGACUCGGCAGCUUUGCUUUCGUUAUUCAAGAGGGACUAUUGGAAUCGUCUGUGGGUAGUUCAAGAAGUGUUCCUCGCGCGGAAGAAGUGGGUGUAUUGUGGCUCCUCCAAGCUUCCGUGGGAGGCAUACGAGACUGUAUCAAAUGCCUUUUGGGGGCAUGUAAGUGACCCUCAGCUUCGUCAAGGACCGAGUAGCUUCCCAAAUAUUGCUUCACUUGUUCAACUUGGAGCAAAUUCACUAUUGGAGGUCUUGCGUGCCUGUAGGAAUAAGUUUAGCGAAAAUCCUCGGGAUAAAGUCUUUGGUGUUCUCGGCAUGUUACCAGAAGAAACUCGCAAGGAACUACCUAUCGAUUACGAUCAGCCGGUCAAAGCCCUGUAUAUUGAUGUCGCAGCCCACAUUAUAUCCUCGACUGGACGUCUCGAUGUGAUCCGCGAGUCAAUCCAUUUCCCCGUCCACGUCAGUUCUGCGGGUCUACCCUCUUGGUGUCCCGACUGGUCCCAUUUCGUCGACAUACCAGCCCUUCGCGAGCGAACCUUUUCCGCGGCGGGUGAUACCGACGCCGAUUACGAGUUCCAUGACAACGAGCGUAGACUUCAGGUUUCUGCUAUCGAGCUUGGCACUAUAGAGGCUACAGGUGUUGCCGUCGGGACGCUUUGCGCAUUAGAAGACUACCUCAUGGCCUUUCUUCACUGGCGUGCGUUGCUUCUGGAUGUCACUAAUAUAAAUGAAGACGACGAAAAUAAUCUGCUAUUCGAGUCAUUCUGCAGAACCUUGUCUCUUGGCCAAGUGCCACCAAAGUGGGAGCAGCAGGGAUGGAUGACACCCUCCUAUCACGUCUUCUCAUCCUUGAUUCAAAAGCGACUGCCACGACUUUUGAUCGACCGUGGACUCAAGCGAUAUGCCAACAUGAGUGUUGUGAAUCCAGAGGGGCAGCGAAUGUUUGUCCAGAAGCACUUUGGCGAUCGAAUGAUGGGACGCACAUUCUGCAUUACCGAGAACGGAUUGAUGGGCAUGGGAUCAGGCUUCAUGGGCAAAGGCGAUGUCGUCGUAGUACCAUUCGGCUGCUCUACACCGAUUCUUCUCCGUGCAGAAGGUCGUCGCAAUGAGUUCCGUUACGUUGGCGACGUCUACAUCCAUGGUUUCAUGCAUGGUGAAGCUUUGGCCAGCGGCAGACCGGUGAAAAAGUAUACGCUACAUUAA